AUGCUCGAGACUCGCCGUCAAAAACUGCUGCUCCAUGUAGCACUGUAUAGCAACCUGGUUCUUUCAUGCGCGUUGCUACUGGACACCUUGUUUCUAUUGUCAACACCAGACGUGGGCUUUGGUGCAGUAGUCACAGCUGCAAUCUACGUGGUCUUUACGCUCGUGGCCCUCUCGAUUCUUAGCAAGACGCCGUCUGCCUUUUCCAUUGGUUUUCUUGUCGGAGCGUCAUCGCUGGUCCUUGUGAUGGCAUUGCAAGGGGCUCUUUAUUGGGGACUGGAGGCCCGUAGCAAUCCACAACAAACAGCUGCGAGCUGGUUGGCUUCUGGGAUACAUGCUGUAAUUUUUACUGUGCAAUUGAUCGCGACAAGUGUCGUGGUCAAGUCGAAGGAAGACUUCAUCGAUACGUAUGCAGCGUACGAGUAUAUUCCUGAUGCCACGUACGCCGACAACACAGUGCUAGCCAACAUCUUGCAUACAACGUCGCCUCCUUAUUACCGGGCGGCGAUCCCUACCGCCGACAUAUGA